AUGACUCUUUCAUUCAACUCGACUUCAAUGGCCAAAACAGAGAAGAGAGCCAGAGAAAGAACCGUGUCUUCUUCGUAUUUUCUAGGAUGUUUCGGACUUUCCCGGAAAAUAUACUCCGACAAGGCGAUGGAAGAGGGUGGCGAGAUGAAAACGAAGAAGAAAAACAAGCGAAGUCGUUGGCUUUUAUGUUCAAAGUUUCGCUCUAAGAACAGAGAGAUCAAACCGGCGCCGUUCGAGGAAACGGAGAUAACUACUACGAGUGUGGAAGAUGAAACUGAUAAGAAGAAACACGUAUCGCUGAUAAGUCGUGUAACUACUGAUCGUAAUAAGAAUGUUUCGACUGAUGAUAAGGCCGUGAAUCAUGAAACAAAAGAGACAAAACCGAAUGACUUGCGAGACGUAGCCACCGACCGAUCAAAAACGUUUGAACAGUUGGGUUCCUCUAGAGAAGACACGUGUCCUGAACCUAUAUCCAACAUGAAACCGUCUCGGGAGAAAACCGGUUCACGGGUCGGAAAGUUCGACCCGGUUAUUGGGAUUUCAGUCAUUAUAUUGACGUUGGUGAUUAUGUUAGUUUGGGGUCGACUCUUUGCGAUUCUCUGUACUUCCGCUUGGUGUUACUUUGCACCUCGUCUCAGAAACGCGGCCGCGUUGGUGAAACGCAGCGGUGGUGACGAUUCUAAGUAUGUACCAGGUUUAAGUUCAGGGUCGUAUAAAAGAAAAGCCGUUUCGGACGUGUUUCGUGGACGGCAAAAUCGCGUUUCGUUGUUGUGAGUGUUCUUCAUUUGUGUUCUAUAUUUUAUAAUUGUGUCGUCAUAUCUUUUUGUUUUUUUUCGUAAACAUGGAUAAGCAUUGUCUCCGUUUACUAACGACGAUUGAUCGGUUGUGAAUGGAUACAUCAGAUGAAUAAUAUAUUGUCUGGUUUUUAGAAGUCAAUAUUUAGCAGCUUAUUGUUGUAUUAUAUGAUUUUUGUUUUGUUUUUAUAACGUUUUGGACUGGUCCGAGUGGGAUAUUCAGUGAUGUUACGUGAUGCAAAUCAA